ACAAUAAAGAGAAGCUAAUUAGCUAGCUUGAAUCCAGUCGAAUCAGUAACAUAAAUAAAGCAUAUAAUAAUAAUAAUAAUAAUCAUCCUGUCGUCACAUGGCGGCUUCUGGUGGCGGUGGUGGUAAGCUGUAUCUAGUGAGGUCGGGUACCAUUCUGGGGAACAUUGGUGCGAAACUCGACCCAAACACCGCACGAUUCCACAAUCAAGAACUCCCUAAUCAAACAGCCAAUAUUCCCCUCCUCGCCAUCAAUUCGCCUGCCGAACCCUCCUUUGAAGAUGGCCAUCCCAUCGGACUCGGCCCACCGCAGCUGGUCCGCCACAAGCCGCUUGAACUGGGCCAACGUGGUCGUGUCCUUGCACUGGACCACGGCCCCCCAGUGUUCGAACUGCGGGUGCAAAGACCACAAGUACACAGUGAUGGAUCUUCCAACUGGUAGAAAAUUUGUUGUUGUUGUUGUUGUUGUUGUUGUUGAGGUUGUUCCUCAUUGCCUUGUUGCUGCGCAUCUGCAUCUUGCUUGUCGGCCAUUGGAGGCAGCGACUAGGGUUCUUGAGGCUCUGAUCCCAUAACAAAGAAUCUGAGACGUG